AGGCGCCCCGGAACUUUUUUCAGGUCUGGAAGAGUCGUACCCCUGUGAUUGUGUGCGUUCAUGUGGGGUUCAGGGAGGCUUGGUUGCGAGACAAGACCAAUCAUUUGCCUUGAUUCCCUGGGCUGAGAGCAGGCAAACAGAGGGGGACGGGACGAGCAAACCCCUCCAUCAAGAUCUGGUCUAUUUCCCCAAACAAUUUAGCGUAUUCAUGAGGUUACGCAAAUGUGGAGGCAGCGAAAAUUACCGUAAUCAAUUGAAACGGCAAGUGCGCAUCCAUGGCUCUGAUUAUUUGAAGAUCCUCGAUCAGCCUGAUGUCUAUGUAACGAGGAAAGGGGGGCACUGAAUUGCUGUUGAGUUUCACUGAGAAGUCCAUGAUCAUUGGGCAAAGGGAGUUUGGUCAGUGAUAAUAGGGCUCCUUGGUCUGGCGACGGAAGUAUCUCCCCAAACAUUAGAUAGCUGACUCUGUCCCGCUGAAAGGUGCUGUUUUGAAACCUAAACCCACGCCGUCCAGACGAUCUGGUGUGCCGCGCUCUCCGCGAUAUCCUCUUUUUUUUUUCCUCCACCUGACAAAAGAAGAAGAAGAAAAAAAAAAGAAGACGAGCCGCAGGUCCGGGAGGAUAAACUGAGGAUGGAGGUCAGGUACAACCAAGAGACGGAAGGGAUGGUGCUGAAGAAUGGACUAAAGGAGGGGAAGGACGGCAAGGACUCCCAGGGCAGCUUGUCCAAAGGCUUCCUCAAGGAGCAGCAGGAUUCCUUUUCCCCCUCUGGGACUCUGGACAACUGCGACAAGAACAGAGGGAACACAGGGGACCCGGACUACUGUCGGAGAAUACUCGUGCGAGAUGCCAAAGGUUCGAUCCGAGAGAUUAUUCUGCCGAAGGGUUUGGAUUUGGACCGACCCAAAAGAACCCGCACCUCCUUCACUGCAGAGCAGCUCUACCGGUUAGAGAUGGAGUUCCAGAGGUGCCAGUAUGUGGUCGGGAGGGAGCGGACAGAACUGGCUCGCCAGCUCAAUCUGUCUGAAACUCAGGUGAAGGUCUGGUUCCAGAACCGGCGCACCAAGCAGAAGAAGGACCAGGGAAAGGACUCUGAGCUGCGUUCGGUGGUGUCAGAAACCGCAGCGACCUGCAGCGUCCUCAGACUGCUGGAGCAGGGCCGCCUGCUGACACCUCCGGGCCUGCCAGGCCUCCUACCCCACUGCAGCGGCGGCGCCCUGGGCUCUGCCCUGCGCCCUCCCUCCAUGGCCAUGGCCAGCAAUGGCAGCAAUAGCAGCAACAGCAGCGGUGGAGGCAGCACUGGCACGGCAGGCGGCAGCCCUCCUCUACCCACCGUCACCAGCUCAGGGACAGUGGCAGGCCUGCAGAGCUCCUCUGCAGCACACGGUCUCUUCAGCUUCCCCAUGCCCUCCUUACUGAGUGGCGUCGCCACCCGCAUUUCCUCCAACCCCCUGUCCAUGGCUGGCUCGCUGGCUGGCAACCUACAGGAACUUUCUGCCCGCUACCUGAGCUCCUCUGCUUUUGAGCCUUACUCGCGGACCAAUGGCAAAGAAUCAAUGGACAAGAAAAUUCUGGAAUGAGGCUUUGUUUUUACACAGAUGGAUUGCCGUUUCUCCUGGACAUGUUUUGGUUGUUUUCUUGGCUUUCACUGUCUUUGUUUGGUUUGCCGAGUCUCUUUCAUCUGUCUGUGUCAAGUUCUGUAGCAAUUUAUGUAUUCCAGUUGCACAUCUGGCGCCUUGUACAAGGCAGAAAACAAAGACCUGUACCAGCUCAUGUAAGGACAAGGUGGCAGAGGAAAGAUUUUGCACAAAAUAUUCAUACGGGAAUUUGUUAAGGAAAUUUAGACAUACAUAGAAUUUUCAGGUGUUCUGAUUAACAAAUCUCUAGUCCUAUAUCCUUUGUCAAAAAAAUAACAAUUUAAACAGGGUCCUAGAGAACAUGGCUGCUUCAUACCACUAAAGCUCUAGAUGGAGAAGUGUACAGAGGGAAGUAAAGGAUUGGUGACAGGGAGUGUAAAGUGAUGGUACCUUGUUGAAUUUAAAAGAAAAUUGUUUGAUUGUGUUGGGUAGUUGCAUGUCACCGCAGAGAGUUGAUAAAGCAAGAGAGUUCAAACACCAGCAUCAGCAGUUUGUGAGACCCAGUCAGCAAAUCAGGAUGUUUAGAAUUUAAAAAUGCAGCGUUAUGAAUGAACAAGCAAGGCUGAUUUCUUUGCAACAUAGAAUUGGGGAAGAUGGAAAAAAAAGUGCCUGUGUUUGAAGGUCACUGCAAGGCCAGUGUCAGCCGGAACAACCUGCUCAUGCAGAUGCCUUGCAAAAAUGAAUCUUACACAAAAGAUCUUUUGUACAUCUGUUUGUGUUAAGUUUGGACUAGACCAAAACGUAAUCCAGAAAAGGUGUUGUCAUACAGUAUGAUGGUUCAAUUGUUCAGUGUUGUUUUCUCUGUGGUUUAGUGAGGAUUUUAAGCAGCCUUCACUUUGUUGCAUUUUCUUCUUCAAGAUGCGGUACCUGACUUUUUUUCCUCCUUUUUUCGUCUGUGAUUUUAUUACCACUGCAAGUUCUCAGAGUUUCGGUGUACAGUUUCUAUUCCAUGCAGGAGCUAAGUGCAGGAAUGAGUUGCUCAGCUUUUCAGCAUUAAGCUGCCUGCUUUGUUAAACACUACAUUCCUUAAGAAUAUAGUUACAUUUUCUUUCUGUGUGAAAUUUUCUGAAUCCACAGCUUUCGCAACAGGCAGACCGAUGCAUGUGAAGGCUGAAUGGAACUACUGUAGUAUAAAAAGUACUGGAAAUAAGAAAAGUACCUUAAAAUUGUUAUUUUAUUGUAAAUUAUUCAAUUCUGUAAUUAAUAGAUUAUUAGUAUCUGGAAAAUAAUGAAUGAAUGUAUUUGCGGGGUUGAGGAAUCAAUCAAAAGCUCUUUGGUGCUGUCGUUGUGAAAUAUCUUGAAAUUUGUGAAACGUGUGGUACAAAUGUGCAUAUAUAUCAUUAUAUGGAUACAGACAA